AUGACUACAAAUUCAACUAUUGAAUCAGCUAAACAGCCUAACAAUAUUGAUCAUGAUGCUAUCAUUAUCUGGAAGAUAGACAUUAAUAAUAUCACACAUAUUGAGAUUGACUGCCUUGAUGUGAAAGACCUUAUUGAGCAUAAAAUCAAAGAAUUAAUAUUUAAUAAUUUUGUCAAAGAUGUUACUGUUCUUAUCAUCAUUGAAAUAGAAGGUAAUAAUGAUUAUUCAUAA